GCGAGUCACGUGAUAAAUAAUUGAAUUUAAAUUAAAUUAAUAUUUUAUUUUGUCAUGGCCAUUCGUACGCACGUGUAGUGUUUUCGUAUUGCCGGUUUCGUUUUCGUGUGCUGGUCGCCAGAGUGCCCACUGGCUCCAGACUGCACCCAACAGUGGCCAGAACCCAGCGGUGAACAGUGAGCAGAGAGCACCGUGAUUGUCCAAACCAGACUAUGUUAGGACUGUCUUGUCCGUCGAAUUUCACGGCAAUGGAUGUGAUGGAUCACAGCGACUCUGAGCCCAGCGAAAUCUUGGAGCACGAAGGACACGCGUACGAGAAAAAGUGGACGGGCAACACCGUCGCGGUGGCCGCCAGUGACUGGGUGCUGUGGAAGUGCGUGAAAAGCGGUUGCCCUGGACAGAUUGCUACAACCGCCGUCCGGACGAAGCGGUGGCGGCGGAAGCGGUUCACCGUUCACCGGGACGUCGCCGGCAAUCGGCUGACGGCGUUCGUACCGCGGCGGCCUCACAAUCACGCGUCCGCGACGGUGCGUGGAAAAGAGACGUCUAAACAGAAUGGGACGACAACUGCCAAAUCUAAACUGACGCCGAUGACGUCGCCUACUACAAGCCUCACUGACGUGUUGGCUGCCCCAAGUUUUAAAGACUUGAAUGAAAUUGAUGCAUUUCAUUCGUCAGAACCAAAAUCAUCACUUUCACUUACUGAUAUUGAAAAUAUAAAUUCCAUUAAUCUUGAUAAUGUGCCAAAAAAUAUGGAAAAUGUUGAACAAACUGUGACUAAUUUUGAUAAUGGUAUCAAAAUGUCAAAUAUUAAUGAUAUAACGGAAUUUCAAGCAGUCAAGCCUGUUAGCCUUAUUAAUCACCAAACAAAUUCCAAAGAAAGACAUUUGAAAGACAUAAGUGUUACAGUUAGUAGUACAAAUAUUAUCAAAAAUAUAAAUAAAAAAAAUGGUGUACAAAUUAACUAUGGUAGUUCAAGUAUGUCCACUCAAAAUAAAAAUGAGGAAAUUUUGUGUCAUAUAUGUAGUACAUUUUUUGAUGAAUAUUGUUAUAAUCAACACAUUCAAACCACCAGACACAUAAGUGCGUGUGAGGAAAAUUUUAAAGAUCGUAUUGAUUUUGAAAAUUAUAGAAUAUUUUCAUGUUCGGUUUGUGUUACUACAACAGAGUUUUUUAAGGCUAUUGAAAAAUAUUUUACUAUUUUAGUAGACCAUAUAAUUUUAGAGCACAAUACACUUGUAGUAGAUAUAUAUUUUUUUGCACUUUAUCAUGAAGAUAGCUUAAAUGUAGAAAACAAAAAUAUUGCCGAAGUAAAGCAUUUUGAUGUUUAUAAUAAAGAAUUGACCAAAAACACUGAUGUAUAUGAGCUUUACAAAGAUAUUGUGAAAUCAUUUAUGUUUCAAAGUGAUUCAUUACAAACUGCAGAAUCUAGUUGGACUCUGGAAGAAAUACUUUUUGUUGAAAUAAUUAAAGUAAAAAAAUUAUUUGAAAAUGAAGUUUUAUCAAAAUCCGUUGUCAAGAACAAUGAUAAUAAUGAAAUUAGAGAUGAUCAAAUUAACACCGAUGAUCUUAAAAAGACUGAACCCCUGCAGCUGAUUCGUUGUAAACUAUGUAGUAUAUAUGUAGUUCAACAAAAUUAUGAGCAACAUCAAGAGACAACAGCGCAUAAAAUUUCACUUUUUUAUUUAAAAAAUGAAAAAAUACAAAUAAAUGGAGUUCAAAAUGACAACUGUUUUUUAAGCUGUCGAAUACUCUCACCAAAAUAUCUUUCAAUUGAUGACUUUUUCCAAUCAAUUGAGUCUGAUGUAGUAGAGUUGAUUGCUAAAAUUAUACAAUUACAAAACGGUGGACCAAUCAGUGUCAAUAUAAAAAUGUUUGGACUUUAUAAUCAUAACAGUUUAAUAAGUAAACCUGAUACUUUAGGUGAUGUCAAAUCUUUCAUGAUAAGAAAUGAGGUCCUAUCUGGAGUUAAAAUUUUGUUACAUUGGAUUCAAAAAAUACUAAAUAAAUUCAAGUCCCACCACCAACAAUAUUUAAAAUCCAUGCCACAAUCCUAUCAUUUAGAACGUGUUAUGUUUUUAGACCUAUGUUUUUAUGAAAUGACUAGUAUUUAAGAAACUAAACAUUGAAUGUUAUGUUUAUACAAGUUAUCAUUGUUACUUUAUUUGUAAGAUUUAAACUUCUUACUAUUUAAUUUAUUUUAAAGUAUAUAAUUGUUUUAUGAAUUUGAUUACUGGAAUAAUUUAAUUACUAUAUGACAUUUUUGAUUGUAUAA